AUGAAGAUUUUCUCUGGCCUCAUCUUUGCAGCUAUUGCUGUUAAUGCAGUGAGUGCUGGCAGCUCAACCUACUUGCGUUCAUCGGAGUCCGACGAGCGCCCAAGUGAUUUGAUGGCAGCAGACUCAUACGAUCCGAUUCAAAGCGCUGACAAGGUCGAUGACAGCCAAAUCGACCUGAAGGACGUUCUUCGAUCGUCUGAAAAGACAAAUGAGACUAAGGAUCCCAUCGUAAAAAAAUCGCACGUCUUUGAUCUAUCUUAUCUAUCCGAUAGUGACUCCAAUGUGGCUGAUGGCUUUGAUUCAUACGGAGGGUUGGCCAAUACUGUGAACGGUAAAUUCAGCAGGGGAUAUGUACCAUGGGGGAAGACUGCUGACGGUCCUACUCGUCACGAAGCCGGAACAGUGAAAACUUCCUCAACUGACUUUUCUUUGGAUGACGACUGCGGUAGUAACGAGAACACGUUGCCUGAAGACUUUUCGUUCAAUGAUGGUUGGAGCACCAAUAACGACAAGCAAAGUUCAAUCAACUCCAUAAACUAUGCUCCAGCAUUAAGUACAAACCCUUCCAAACUGUCUUGGCUAGUUGACAGUUCUUCUGGCGCGGUCGGAAACACGUUAGACAGAGACGAGGCCAGCACUCUUGACAGCGAUUCUGGUAAAUAUUAUUUUCUAUGGCAAGAACGACCCACUCUCGACACUUCGAAGAACAGUUACCAAAAAAAUCCUUCAGCGGAUGACGACUGUGGAAGCAACAAUGCUGACAUACAGAGUCUGAUUGACAUGCUAGGGAAGACUCAGACCUCGAGUGAUGACUAUACUCCUUCAUCUGGUAUGUUGUGGGAAUCUGACCGGUACUCUGACGACGCGAAUGUGAAAAGAGGUUCUCAAACGACUGGUGAUAGUAUUUUCGGCGGCGAUAAUCAGUCAUGGGGUAAAUACGAGAAGGAUUCUUUCCUUUCCGAUGGCCUUUCAAAGGAUACGUACCUAUCAGACUCUCCCUCGGUCAGAGACAGUGGCAAAGAAGACUUAAUCCAGGAUAAACGCCCAUUGCUGAUUAAAAUUCCGAGUAGUGUGGACCCGCACAACAUUCAUACGGUCCAGAGUCCAGUUUUGUUGACACACACUUCCAGUGUUUCCAGCUACAUCUGGAGCAGUGCGAAGACUGAUAGCGAUGUAUCGGUUGACAACGGUAGUCCUCUGAUUGCGACGUCAUAUCAAACGUCGACAAUUGGUGGGGCAUCCGGCUUGGCGGAUACGGCAGUUGACCACGGACUGACUUCUGCUAAUGAGGACGGGCUCAAUUUCGCAAAUGUUAAGAACGAGAUGAAAGAAAGCACUUCAAAACUUGAGGACAACAGUGUUACAGAUUCGAAGAAAGGCAAUCUCAUUCUGUUGUCAGCAAGUCGUGGCUAUGCUGAACCGAAGGUUCGCCAGGGCAACGCGUUAGAUUUAGACGUCUCUCCCAAUAGCCCUACAUAUUUGUGGUAG